AUGAUCAGGCAAAUAAUAGGCUCUCAGAGCAGAAAAAUAAUACCAUCACAAUCAAUAUACUCAAGACCAUUGAUCUAUAGAACUAUACAUUCUUCAUACCCUAAGUUUCAACAAGAUGUCAAGCCAACUAAAGAAGCCCCACCAUCAACCCCAGCUAAACCAGUUGAAAAGAAGAAAACAUUAUGGGAAAAAGUUAAACAUGAGGCAAAUCAUUAUUGGGAUGGUACAAAAUUACUAGGGCUAGAAACUAAAAUUUCAUUCAAGCUUUUGUUGAAGAGUACUGCUGGUUAUGAAUUAACUAGAAGAGAACAUAAGCAAUUGAAAAGAACUACACAAGAUGUUGUCAGAUUAGUACCGUUCGCCAUGUUUGUUCUUGUUCCAUUUGCUGAAUUAUUAUUACCAGUUGCAUUGAAACUUUUCCCAAAUAUGUUACCAUCAACAUAUGAAUCUAAGUUAGAUAAGGAAAAGAAAAUGAAAAGAUUAAGAAAAACCAGAGAAGUUGUUAGUGAAGUGUUGAGAGAUACCGUUCGUGUCAAACUUCCAAGUUAUGUUACUGAAGAUCAAAAGGCUGAUUUCAGAGAGUUUUUCCGUUUAGUCAGAUCAGGUACAGAAUCUCCAUCAAGAGAACAAUUGUUAAGAGUUGCUAGAUUAUUCAAAGAUGAUAUCGUACUAGAUAACUUGCAAAGAGCUCAAUUAGUUGCUGUCUCUAAAUACAUCAACACUUCACCAAUUGGUACUAAUCAAAUGCUUAGAUUUAGAAUUAGAUACAAAUUAUUAAAGAUCAAACAAGAUGAUAGAGCUAUUGACUAUGAAGGUAUUGAUUCUUUAUCCACUGUUGAGUUACAAGCCGCUUGUGCUUCAAGAGGUAUCAAGGUUAACGGUGUUCCACCUCAUGAAUUGAAGGAUGAUUUAUCAAUUUGGUUACAUUUAAGAUUGAGAGAAAAAAUUCCAUCAACUCUAUUGAUUUUAUCCAAUGCUUACACUUAUGGUGAUAUCGAAUCAAAAGAAUCAUUAUAUGAUGCAUUAGAAUCUGUCUUGAGUGCUAUUCCAGAUGAAUUGUACCAUGAAGCUGAAGCUGAUGUUGCCAAGGAUGACGUUACAAACAAACAAAGAUUGGAAUUAAUCAAGGAACAAGAAGAAUUGAUCAAGACUGAAACUAAACAAGAAGAUGAAAGUGGAACCAUCAUUCAAGUUAAAGAUAAAAUUAAUUUGGAUGAUGCUGAUAAAACUCAACACCUAACACCAGCUCAAAUCGAAGCUAAAAAAGUUGAAGCCGAAAAGAAAAAUUAG